CUUUAUGAAGAAGCAUGGUCAGCCUGCUGUUUCCAAAACCUUGGGGGACAGAUUUGCAGCCCCUGCUGUGGAGACCCGUCCUAGCAUCUGGGGAGAGUGCCCACCAAAGUUUGCUACCAAGUUGGGCCGAGCCAUAGUCAAAGAAGGACAGAUGGGACGGUUUUCCUGCAAGAUCACUGGCCGGCCCCAACCACAGGUCACCUGGCUCAAGGGAGAGGUUCCCCUGCAGCCAAGUGCCCGUGUGUCUAUGUCUGAGAAGAAUGGGGUACAAGUUCUGGAAAUCCAUGAGGUCAGCUGCGAUGACGUGGGAGUGUACACGUGCCUGGUGGUGAAUGGGUCGGGGAAGGCCUCCAUGUCGGCCGAGCUUUCUGUCCAAGGUUUGGACAAUGCCAGUAGGUCAUUGGUGAGAGGAACAAAGGCAGCCAAUUCAGAUAUCAGGAAGGAAGUGACCAAUGGAACCACACAGGGGCCGAAACUGGACAGCCUCGCGUCUGCUGCCGAGAGAAAGAACUGCUCCAGUACCCAGAGAGGGGGCUCCCCGACCUGGGCCACAAGUAGCCAGCCUCCACCCCUGCGGGAGUCCCAGCCAGAGUCGUCCGGGGACCCACCGAGGAAGGCCCUGAGGAGCCCCGUCCUACAAAAGACUUCCAGCACCAUCACCCUACAGGCUGCAAAAGUCCAGCCAGAACCAAGAGCACUGGUCUCGGGUGCCCCCUCAUCUUCUGGAGAAGAGAGGGAGAGGCCAGCUGCGUCCCCCAUAGCCAUCCUCCCCACCAGGCAGUCUGGCCUGGGAAGCCAGGAGGUGAUGAGCAAGGUUGCUACAAGGAAAAUCCCCAUGGAGAGCCAGAGGGAUUCCACCUUCCCCAAAUUUGAGAGCAAACCCCAAAGCCAGGAAGUCAGUGAAGAUCAGACAGUCAAGUUCAGAUGCGAGGUUUCAGGGAUCCCGAAGCCUGAAGUGACCUGGUUCCUGGAAGGUGCCCCCGUGAGGAUUCGAGAAGGCAUGGUUGAGGUUUAUGAAGAAGGCGGAUGCCAUUACCUCUGCCUGCUGAGAGCGCGGGCCAGAGACAGUGGGACCUAUAGCUGCACGGCCUCCAAUGUCCGAGGCCAGAUGUCCUGCAGUUGGACCCUCCUGGUGAAACGGCUGGCCGCGACGGAGGUGGCACCCUCAUUCUCCAGGGUCCUGAAGGACUGCACUGUCGUCGAGGGCCAGGACUUUGUGCUGCAGUGCUCUGUGCAGGGGACCCCGGUCCCCCAAAUCACUUGGCUGCUCAAUGCCUGGUCAGCCCCAACCUCCCCGUCCCCCCUCCCCUCUACCCUCCCUCCCUCAGGGAUUUGCUCUCCCCUGACGUUUCUCUCUUACCCGGCCCCUUUUCCUCUUGCUACUUUCCUUUUUCCCUUCACUGGUUGCAGGGGGAGGGAGCCUGUCAGCUGUGAGGGCCUCUGCAGCCAGGGAGCCGGUGCUCAUGGUGCUGGUGGUGACUGCUAUGGGACCCUGAGGCCUGGCUGGCCAGCGAGAGGGCAGGGUUGGCCAGAGGAGGAAGACGGCGAGGACGUGCGGGGCUUGCUGAAGAGGCGCGUGGAGACCAGGCAGCACACUGAGGAGGCCAUCCGCCAGCAGGAGGUAGAACAGCUAGACUUCCGUGACCUCCUGGGGAAGAAGGUGAGUACCAAGGCCGUGUCAGAAGAAGACCUCAAGGAGAUCCCAGCUGAGCAGAUGGAUUUCCGCGCCAACCUGCAGCGGCAGGUGAAGCCUAAGACUGUGUCAGAGGAAGAGAGGAAGGUGCACAGCCCUCAGCAAGUCGACUUCCGCUCGGUCCUGGCCAAAAAGGGGACCCCUAAGACCCCGGUGCCUGAGAAGGCACCACUUCCCAAACCUGCCACCCCAGACUUCCGCUCCGUGUUAGGCAGCAAGAAAAAAUUACCAGCAGAGAAUGGUAGCAACAAUGCUGAGGCCUUGAAUGCCAAGGCAGCAGAAAGUCCCAAGGCCGUGAGCAAUGCCCAGCCUUUAGGGUCCCUGAAACCCUUGGGCAAUGCCAAGCCUGCUGAGACCCUAAGACCUGUGGGCAAUGCCAAGCCUGCGGAGCCCACGAAACCUGUGGGCAACACAAAGCUUGCUGAGAUGCUGAAACCCAUAGGCAAUGCCAAGCCUGCUGAGACCCCAAAACCCAUGGGCAACGCCAAGCCUGCUGAGACCCCGAAACCCAUAGGCAAUGCCAAGCCUGCUGAGACCCGCUCACUGUGCUCUGUCUCCAUCGAGAAGGCACUGCCCGAGGACAGAGGCUUAUACAAGUGCAUAGCCAAGAAUCGCGCCGGCCAGGCUGAGUGCUCCUGCCAAGUCACCGUGGACGGUAGGUCAUGCCCACCCCUCCCUGGCACACACAGAGUCCCACUCCUCAGCCCUUCCCUUCCCAGCCUCCCAGACUGCCAUCCCUCCCCAAGGCAUUCGCUUUGUGAUGCAACUGUGAAAAAGAAACCCGCCCCCAAGACACCUCCGAAGGCAGCCAUGCCCCCUCAGAUCAUCCAGUUUCCUGAGGACCAAAAGGUGCGCGCGGGAGAGUCCGUGGAGCUGUUUGGUAAAGUGGCAGGCACCCAGCCCGUCACCUGUACUUGGAUGAAGUUCCGAAAGCAGCCUGUGAAUGUCUCUUUUUCAGGUGAUGCAACUGUGAAAAAGAAACCCGCCCCCAAGACACCUCCGAAGGCAGCCAUGCCCCCUCAGAUCAUCCAGUUUCCUGAGGACCAAAAGGUGCGCGCGGGAGAGUCCGUGGAGCUGUUUGGUAAAGUGGCAGGCACCCAGCCCGUCACCUGUACUUGGAUGAAGUUCCGAAAGCAGAUCCAGGAGAGCGAGCACAUCAAGGUGGAGAACAGCGAGAAUGGCAGUAGGCUCACCAUCCUGGCCACGCGCCACGAACACUGUGGCUGCUACACUCUGGUGGUGGAGAACAAGCUGGGCAGCAGGCAGGCCCAGGUCAACCUCACUGUCGUGGACAAGCCAGACCCCCCAGCCGGCACGCCUUGCGCCUCUGACAUCCGGAGCGCCUCGUUGACCCUGUCCUGGUAUGGCUCCUCAUAUGAUGGGGGCAGUGCUGUGCAGUCCUACAGUGUCGAGAUCUGGGACUCGGUGGACAAAACGUGGAAGGAACUAGCCACAUGCCGCAGCACCUCUUUUAACGUCCAGGACCUGCUGCCUGACCGAGAGUAUAAAUUCCGUGUGCGCGCCAUCAACGUGUACGGAACCAGUGAGCCGAGCCAGGAGUCUGAACUCACAGCGGUGGGAGAAAAACCAGAGGAGCCGAAGGACGAAGUGGAGGUGUCAGAUGAUGAUGAGAAGGAACCUGAGAUCAACUACCGGAACGUGACCGUCAACACUGAACAAAAAGUGUCUGACUUCUAUGACAUCGAAGAGAGACUAGGCUCUGGGAAAUUUGGACAGGUCUUUCGACUCGUAGAAAAGAAAACUAGAAAAAUCUGGGCAGGGAAAUUCUUCAAGGCAUAUUCCGCAAAAGAGAAAGAGAAUAUCCGGCAGGAGAUCAGCAUCAUGAACUGCCUCCACCACCCCAAGCUGGUCCAGUGUGUGGAUGCCUUCGAAGAAAAGGCCAACAUUGUCAUGGUCCUGGAGAUGUGAGUGGUUUGCUAUGGGCCUGGGAGCCCCUCACGCGUCUCCCCCACUGUCCACACCCAAGCCCCUACUGCCCCAAGAUGGGGAGCACCACAGGUCAGGCUGCAGCGUGUAAGAGCCUCCCCAGCCCCGGUGGCUGGGGGGUGCCCCCUCAGAACGGCACAUUGGUACACAGGAGCGGCCCUCACCCACUGACCACCAGCCCACUGCAGCCCCUUGCUCAUUUCCAUAGCAGAUUGGCAGAUCUCUGAGGACCCCUGCCCCCUUUUCACCCCCAACUCCCUGUGAAAGUGUCAAGGUUACCGCUAGGCUCCUCGGCUGCGUUCAAGGGCAUUGACUUAGAGGUGGCUUUGGAGGAGAAAGAGAGGGACAGAGCAACUUCCUGAAUGGCCUUCAAAAGAAGAGGGGCCCAGGACCGGGGGCUUGGGAUGUGCGGGUGUAACCCUUGCUCCUGUCUCGGGCUGGGCUCUGCAGGCCCCCAUCCCGUGCUUGUUUGUACUUUGACUUCUCACCAGAGGGUUGUGCUUUCUGGGCUGGCUUGUCCAUGCACAGGGGCAUGG